GACAACUGAUAAAGCAGCGUUACUUGAGCUUUAAGUACAACAUUACUCACAGGGUGGGAUAAAAGUUGAUUUUUAUUUUAAAGCAGGAGACGUGAAUGUGUGUUUGAAACUGCAGCUAAGACUAUGAAUAAUGCAUUGUCCAGGGAAUCUCAACUUAAUAUCAUUGACAAACUCAUUACAAAUUCAGAGAAAUACUUUGGGCAGUUCUGCAUACUCAUGGCCUCCUACACUCGAAAGACAGCACGGGUCCGAGACAAAGCUGAUGAGUUAGUUAAACAGCUCCAUGACUUUGCAAAUACAGAGGAUCCUGAUCUGCGAACCAGUCUCAAGAAUUUUGCUGAUGAGUUAGCCAAAAUCCAGGACUACAGGCAAGCAGAGGUUCAACGAUUAGAAAACAAGGUUGUAACCCCUCUGAAGCAAUAUGGGAACACAAUAAAAUAUAAACGGGCAGAGGUUAAGAAGUUUGACAACAUCAGAAAACAAGAGCUCAAACAGGUGGAGAAGCUCGAACGAUUGAGACAAAAAGCACCUUCAGAUCGUCAUGCUCUUUCUCAGGCAGAAACCAGUGUACAAAAAGCAUCAGUGGACGCUAACCACUCUACCCAACAGUUGGAGAAAUCCAUAGAUGAGUUCCAGCAGCAAAAGUUGCAAGAUGUUAAGAAAAUUUUCUCUGAUUUUGUCAUGAUUGAAAUGGCUUUUCAUGCCAAAGCGCUUGAAGUGUAUUCAAAUGCCUUCAAGAACUUGGAGGAAUACGAAUUAGAAAAGGACAUGGAGACUUUUAGAUCAAGGGUUUGUAUCAGUACUGAUGGUGCAGAUGCAAGAUCACUUCUAGCCACUAAUGCCAACUCUUCUACGCGGUGGUCUACAAAGCGUAAGAAACCAAAGAGUUCACUUCGAAGGCAGCAAAUGGUAGAAGAAAGUGAGGAGGAAGAGGAUGAGGAUGAAGAAGAAGAGUUACAACACAUUAGCGAAGACAGAUAUGGAUAUAUCAGAGAAUAAUGAAGAAGAGUCUCAGCUAAUUCAUGAUGCCAAACAGUCCAGCUUUGAGUGCUACUAGGAGUCAUUAUUUUUAUACUGAGACUGUCAUUCUACCCCCACCUACUCCUGUGAAGGUUAUGUGAUGGCAACAGGCUUAUUGCUAGCUAACAGCUCUAUCCCUAGUAGUCUAUAGAGCUCUCCAAAAUAAAUAUGGAAAGGAUGGCCUAAAAAGAACAAGAUAUCAGUAAAUAGAUCUGAAUGUAUACGUUUCACAUUGUGUUAGGUAGGUAGAUUGGAAAUAAUUGCAGCAGUUAUAAAAUGAAGGUUACGUAAUAAUAUACAUUAUUUAUUCUUUCUUGAUAUAGAUGUAAGCUAAUUGAAAUGAGGAACACCUUGUUUUAAUGUAUAGUUCUAUGAAUGGUAGCAUGUUUUCAGACAGAACCAAAGGGUUUCACAGCCAGUAAAGUAUAUCAUACAUAUGCACUAGUGCUACCAGUCUGUGGUCCUUGAAAACCUGCAAUACUGUGAUUUUAUUUUAAUUUCCAUUGCAUUCAAACCUGUAUUAAAUGUUUCCUUACAUGUUUAUGUCUUGAAACUGGUUGUGUCACUACAGUAUACACAGCAUUCCAGAAAUAGAAGAAUGACUUAGAACUAUUUUCUUUACAAAAACAAACUUUCAUCCCCUCUAAGCACGUGUCAUACACCCUCUUUUUGCUAAUGAAACUGUUUUCCAAGUACUACUAUGAUCUUACAAAGCCAGCCAUUUAAAAUAAUUCAUUUUCACUGAGUCUUCUGACUCAUCCAAGUCCCUAGUCAUCUAAUGAUCCUAAAGUCAAAACACUGGUCCAGGACCUGUGGGGAAAAAUAUGAAAAGAUCAAGUAAACAACAAGUAAAUGAUAGAUGACACUGAUGUACAAUGCAGAAUUUUAGGGUUUUUUUUCAGUCUUCUUAAAACAGCUUUCUGGAUUACUGUUAUAUCUUCCAGAUAAACAAUGACCUAUUUUUAACAAUUCCAGUUUGAAAUAUAAAACCAUAUUGCACAAGUUCAUAAAAAGGACAGUGGCUUAUCAAAUCUGUCCAGUUUCCUUGUUCCAUUAUACCAUAAGUCAUAUUGAAUGGCAUGAUAAUCUCUCACUUUAAAAUCUGAAAUAACAAAUACAUUGCAGCUUUCAACUGUUACAAUGGGCAUCUUUGUUUGUUCUGACACCUGAUAGGACUGUUUCCUGUAUGUUAAUGUAAGAUUAACUGUGUGGGUAUUAGUAUGUAUUAGUGUCAUUCGUGGGUUAGGUCAAAGACCUAAGGUGAAGCAGAGUGCUUUGACCUUGGCUAGGAGUAACUUGAUGAAUCAUUUUGAAUAGCAUUACUUUAUUUUUUUCCUACAAGCACACAAUGAUGUUACGGAGUAUUAGAAAAUGAACUGUGGUGUGAUUGAUUGGUCUUGUUCUGUGAUGGUCCAUUACUUUUCAAUAGAUAACCAGUAAAUAAAGUAGGACUUUUCUUCUUCACAUCUUAUGUGGUUCUACUUACUUUGAUAGACUCUGCCGUUUGUUAAGGAUUAUAUGUUCAAGUUCUAACUUUCCAGUCACAUUUUCUUAGUAUAACUAUUCCUUAAAGUUUGUCCUGUUGUAAACUAUGCGGUAUUGCUGUCUGUGCAAGACUGCUAUGCACUGGACAGAGGAUAUUCUCCUUUUCCUUUGUUGCACAAGCAAGCAGUAUACAUAAUUAAGGGGCGAGAGGAUGAAGCCCUCACAUAUGAGGUGUUUUUGCUGAGAACUGCAGGAGCUUAGAGUAGGUUAGAUAGGUUCUUUCCAAAAUCAGUUGUGACUGAGGAUUUUUUCCCAGUUGUUUAUGUCUUGACUGAUCAUAGAGGAAGCCUCUUUAACACUUAAGCAGUCAAUAAUCAAUCUCAAAUGAAUACCUGUCAUAUAAAUUAUGAUGCCCCUCCUCUGGGCCAGUAAUCAAGGAGCCUCAAUCGUCAUCGCUGACACUGGUGAGGGACAUUCACUUGGAGCAAAAAUAGAUAUACACAGUAUUUCCAGAUGCAGAUGUCUGCAGCAAGCAUAAUUUCCCUUAAGAGCACACAGGGAAUACAGGGAAUACACUUCCAUCCUGGGGAUGGGUUUCCCUCUCUCUCUCUCUCACCAGGCUCCAAAUAAGAUUCCAAACUGACCACAGCUGUAGAGUUGAGUCC